AUGCCGAACCGCAGGGCCAGCCGUAAUGCCUACUACUUCUUCGUGCGGGAGAAGAUCCCUGAGCUACGGCGGCGAGGCCUGCCCGUGGCUCGCAUAGCUGAUGCUAUGCCCUAUUGCUCCGCAGACUGGGCGCUCUUGAGGGAGGAAGAAAAGGAGAAAUACACAGAAAUGGCUCGAGAGUGGAGGGCCGUCCAGGGAAAGGACUCCGGGCCUUCAGAGAAGCAGAAACCUGUUUCCACACCACUGACGAGGCCUGGCAUGCUUGUACCAAAGCAGAAUGUUUCACCCCCAGAUAUGUCAAGUUUGUCUCUAAAAAGUGAUCAAGCUCUCUUUGGAGGUGUUUUUUAUUUUUUGGACAUUUUUAGCCAUGGCGAGCUACCUCAUUGUGAACAGCAUUUCCUCCCUUGUGAAAUUGGCUGUGUUAAAUAUUCUCUUCAAGAAGGUAUUAUGGCAGAUUUUCACAGUUUUAUAAAUCCUGGUGAAAUUCCACGAGGGUUUCGGUUUCAUUGUCAGGCCGCAAGUGAUUGUAGUCACAAGAUUCCUAUUUCAAACUUUGAAUCUGGGCAUGACCAAGCAACUGUGUUACAAAACCUUUAUAGAUUUAUUCAUCCAAACCCAGGGAACUGGCCACCUAUCUACUGCAAGUCUGAUGAUCGAGCCAGAGUCAACUGGUGUUUGAAGCAUAUGGCGAAGACAUCAGAAAUCAGGAAAAAUCUGGAACUUCGCACUGUAGAGGACCUUAUAGUGGGGAUCUACCAGGAAAAAUUUCUCAAGGAGCCCUCCAAGACCUGGGUUCGAAGCCUCCUAGAUGUGUCCAUGUGGGAUUAUUCUAGCAACACAAGGUGCAAGUGGCAUGAAGAAAAUGAUAUUCUCUUCUGUGCUUUAGCUGUUUGCAAGAAAAUUGCGUACUGCAUUAGUAAUUCUCUGGUCACUCUUUUUGGAGUCCAGCUCACAGAGGCUCAUGUACCAUUACAGGAUUAUGAGGCCAGCAGUAGUGUGACACCCAAAAUGGUUGUUUUGGAUGCAGGGCGUUACCAGAAGCUAAGAGGGGAGAGUCCAGGAUUCUCUCAUUUCAACUCUUCUAGUCAGGAACAAAGAUCAAACAUAUCCUUUGGUGACUACCCAUCUGGAGUGAAAACUGGCCAAAACAGCAGCAUUCGGGGAAGAGGGAUUACCCGCUUAAUAGAAAGCAUCUCCAAUUCCUCCAGCAAUAUCCAUAAGUUCUCCAACUGA